CCGUUUGCUGCCAUGUAACAUGUGAAAAGGUCAAGUAGUCAUAUAAUCUCAUAUGAGAUAUUCUUUUGGACUCUUACACUGUCAUGUUUAAUGUGUUUUACGUGUGCUUUCUGUGUAAUUUCCUCCAGAGGUGGCCAUCCUCUGGGCAGCUCACCAGGUCCACCACAGUUCAGAGUACUAUAACCUCACCACCGCCCUCAGACAGUCCCUCACCCAGCAAUUCACAUCAUGGGUUUUCUACCUGCCCAUGGCUCUGGCUGUACCCCCCUCAAUCUUCGCUGUUCACAUACAGUUAAACCUGCUCUACCAAUUCUGGAUCCACACGGAGUUGAUCACAGACCUUGGACCUUUGGAGUGGGUGUUUAAUACCCCAAAACAUCACAGAGUUCAUCACGGAAGGAACCUUUAUUGCAUUGACAAGAAUUAUGGAGGAAUUCUGAUCAUAUGGGACCGAUUAUUCGGUACCUUUGCUCUAGAGACAGACAAAGUGAUUUAUGGACUUGUAUAUCCUAUCAAGACAUUUGAGAUCCUCCGUAUUCAGUCAUUCUACUAUUUGUAUUUGUGGAAAAAAUCCAAGACUUACAAGAAUAUCAGCAACAAAUUGUCGACUUUCCUCAACGGUCCAAGUUGGAAGCCUGGUAAAACUCGACUGGGUGACCACAAAGGCAAUCCCAAGGUUACAGGAAAGGAAGUGCCUCAUGUUCCCAGCUGGCCGCUGCAUUUACAAGUUUAUGUGGUCCUACAUUUCCUGCUGGUGCUGCGGACUUACCAUGAUUUGUUUGAAAACAAGAUGGUGCUGUCUCAGCUAACCAUUCUGGGGAUGACCGGCUACGUUCUGCUCACUCUCACCUCCAUGGGCUUCAUCAUUGACCAGAGGCCAACAGCGGCUGUCCUGGAGAUGCUGCGCUGUGUCGUCAUGGUGACAAUGCAGAGGUACAGCUACGUGAAGCCCCUGCUGCCUGCUCUAGCUGUUCCAACAGAGGCCUUUGUCUCCCUCUCUCUGCUGUACUGGGGUCUGCAGAGCUUCUCUCAGCUGCACGGCAUCAAGAAGAAGGACGGCUGAGUCGUCACGAGACGUGCAAACAGAUUCACAUGCUGCUGACAAGGACUGUGAUGGGCGGCGGGGGGGGGGGGUUUAUCUUUUGUCAGUAAAAAUGUCAGUAGAGUCAUAAUUGACAUUCAAAAGAAGCAGCUUUUAUCCAGCUCCUCUGUCAACUACUGCUCUUUUUUUAUUGUAGAUGAAAACACAUGAGCUGAUUCAGCAGAUGUAACCUUCUGCUUGAUUCACUUACUUUUAUUUAGGAACAACUGAUUGUAUGAUUAUUAUCAAGGAAAUGUGCUCAAAUGAUGAAUUUCUUCUGAUGUAUUUUUCCUUUCUAUAUUUUAUCUGUACUUAGGUUUAAUAUAGCAUUGCAAUAACAAGUGCUACACUGUUAAUUUAAGCACUAAUCUAUGAACAUUUUUGAUCUCCAUAGAUGAGUACUUGAUUAGGAUAAUAAUAUUUUUUGUCUUGACUAUGCAACCCAUACCUCUUGUACAUGUACGUAUUGGUAGUUGUUAAUUUCACUUGUGAUUUGUAAGAUUGCACAACACUGUAUGUUAGUUUUAAUUUCAGACUGCAAUAAGAACAUUUGUAAUUUUG